AUGACCAAUAAUCAAUAUCAACAACAGCAAUCACAUCAAUCAACUAGAAUUAUGCGCGCUUCCAUUUUAUUUCUUUUUCAGGACAUCAAUUUUAGACUAUUUAAAGAAUUGUCUGCUGAAACUACAAUAUUAGCAGGAUUAGAAAAAGAGUUUUUAAGAUAUGACGAAAUAGGGAUACCAAAACACUAUAAAUUUGGCGUCUUAAACAUUAAAGAUGGUCAGAGCACAGAGGAGGAAUGGUUUUCAAACUCUGGUUUAUCUCCUGGGUUAGAGAAACUCAUGAAUAUUAUUGGAAAACCCAUCGAAUUAAAAGGUUACAAAGGUUAUGCAGCUGGUCUGGAUACGAAAACCGGUGAAUCUGGUGAAAUUUCAUAUGCUUCGUCAUGGAGAGAUCAUGAGAUUAUGUAUCAUGUAGCACCACUUAUGCCUUCACGGGAGCAGGAUGUACAACAAAUUCACCGUAAAAGAUAUAUAGGAAAUGAUAUCGUGUGUAUUGUAUUUAUGGAAGGAAAAAACCAAAAGUUUGAUCCGAAUUCAAUUCGAUCUCAAUUUUUACAUGUAUUUAUCAUUGUGCGGCUGGAAGUUGUUAAUCAUCAAGAUACAUGGAGGGUGGAAGUGUUGCAUAAUAUUGAUGUAAAGCCUUUUUCACCGCAUAUACCAAGCCCACCUGUAUUCUACAAUGAAGAAGAUUUGCGAAAAUUUCUGAUGUUAAAAUGUAAAUAA